CAAACCGGAACCGGACAAACCGGAACCUGGCCGGUUUACACAAAACGGAAGCUCCUUCGUUUCUUUCUCCCUUCCUCCCUUUCUUUCUUUCAUUCAGAAAGAAAUCACACAAACCCAGACAAAAAACCCUAGCACUGUAAGCCUGCACCACCGCCGCAAACCAUUCGAGUUCGCAUUCGUGUUCGUCUGGAAGCCACGUUGCUCUGCUUCAAACUCUGCGACCAACCCGCGCGCUUCACCUAGCCGUCGAACUGCUCUCUUUUGUCGCCGCCAUAGAGGACAUGGGCAGGAACGUGGUGGUAUCAGCACUGCAGUUUGCCUGCACCGACGAUGUCGAUACCAAUGUUGACACUGCCGAAAGGCUGGUUAGAGAUGCUCAUAAACAGGGUGCAAACAUUGUUCUCAUUCAGGAACUCUUUGAAGGUUAUUACUUCUGUCAAGCACAAAGAGAAGAUUACAUUCAAAGAGCUAAGCCAUAUAAGGAUCAUCCUACAAUUCUCAGGAUGCAGGAACUUGCAAAAGAGUUAGGCGUAGUCAUACCAGUUAGCUUCUUCGAGGAGGCAAACAACGCACAUUAUAAUUCAAUAGCCAUAAUUGAUGCUGAUGGGAGUGAUAUUGGGAUUUAUAGAAAAUCCCAUAUUCCAGAUGGACCAGGUUACCAGGAAAAGUUCUAUUUUAAUCCCGGUGACACUGGAUUUAAGGUUUUCCAGACUAAAUUUGCAAAGAUUGGAGUUGCUAUUUGCUGGGACCAGUGGUUUCCUGAGGCAGCACGGGCAAUGGCGCUUCAAGGUGCAGAGAUUUUAUUUUAUCCCACUGCUAUUGGUUCUGAACCACAAGACCAGGGUCUUGACUCUCGUGACCACUGGAAGCGUGUAAUGCAAGGACAUGCUGGGGCUAAUUUGGUAGGAUUUUGUAUUUUGAAAAAAGAGGUAAUUGAGACUGAGCAUGGGAAUAGUGAGAUUACGUUUUAUGGAAACUCCUUUAUAGCAGGACCAACUGGAGAAAUAGUUGCAGCUGCUGAUGAUAAACAUGAAGCUGUUCUUGUUGCUCAAUUCGAUUUGGACAAGAUCAAAUCCCAGAGACAUUGUUGGGGGGUAUUUCGCGACCGGCGCCCGGAGCUAUAUAAGGUGCUUUUAACAUUUGAUGGCACCAAUCCUAUCGUAUGAUACAUUAGCAUUUCACUUUGUGAUUGCUCAAGAAUCAUAAUUGGGAUGCUUCAAAAUUCUACAUGCUUCAAGAGCACAAGAGUCACUCACAAGGAAAGCAAAGGAACAGCUUACAAAAUAUCAUCUGUCAGAUCAAUGUAACUUAAUAAAUGUGGAACUAAAAAUACUCGGUGAAUAAAUUAUUCAUUUGAAUAAUUUUGAGCGAUGUAUGAACAAUUGAACAUCACUCCGUGCAAUUUUCCUAUGGAGUCUAUUUUAACUGUUCCGGAUUUGCUAUUUAUUGCAAGUGCAUGUAAACGAAUAAAAAUAAAUUUGAAUCCAUGCAAGAAAUCAAUUUUGACUUAUUUAUUUGA